GGCUAGAAACACUUCGGCAGCCGGAGCAUCACUCGAGAGCGCGCCGGGGAAUCGUGCACACACUGAUCUUCCUCGAGAAGGUGUCGGAUCAAUGUUUGCGCGUGGACGCAUCCCCUCUCGAGUGAGGCGCGAAAAGAGGGAAUAAACGGCCGCGGGUUCGAUGAGGAGAACGGUGAUGAUGAUGAUGAUGAAGAGUCGACACCUGUGAUCAUCAUCCGCAGCAUCAGUCAGUGACAUGUUUGGCUCCAGCAGCACUAUGACCGAUGGAGAUUAUGACUAUCUGAUCAAACUCCUGGCGCUGGGCGACUCUGGAGUGGGAAAGACCACCUUCCUCUACCGUUAUACAGACAACAAAUUCAACCCCAAAUUUAUCACCACUGUGGGCAUCGAUUUCAGAGAAAAGAGAGUGGUUUACACAACAAACAGCCCUAAUGGAACAACAGGAAAGACUUUUAAAGUUCACCUGCAGCUUUGGGACACUGCAGGACAGGAGAGGUUCAGGAGUUUAACCACUGCUUUCUUCAGAGAUGCCAUGGGAUUUCUCUUAAUGUUCGAUCUGACGAGUCAACAGAGUUUCCUGAAUGUUAGAAACUGGAUGAGUCAGCUACAGGCCAACGCAUAUUGUGAGAAUCCAGAUAUUGUUCUUGUUGGUAAUAAAGCGGAUCUGGCCGACCAGAGAGAAGUGCAGGAGAAACAAGCCAAAGAACUGGCAGAUAAAUACGGGAUUCGUUACUUUGAGACAAGCGCAGCCACUGGUGCUGAGGUUGACAAAGCCGUGGUGACGCUGUUGGAUCUGGUGAUGAAGAGGAUGGAGCAAUGCGUGGAAAAACCCGCAGCAGACGGACAGAACGCAGACGGCACCAACAAACUGGACGCUCCGCCGGCCAAUGAGAAGAAAUGCGCAUGUUAAAGAAGGAGGACGAGUCCUUUAUCUCUCUAUAAUGGAGCGGUAUGAAAGCGAAGCCCGUCCCAGUGAUCUCAAACUGCCUGCGCUGGUGCUGUUCAGGUCUGGAUCGCACGUCUCUCUCCACUCGCUGUAUUAGAGAUCUGUCUGGACAUUUUUCUUUUCUUUCGGAGAGUUUUUAUGAUCCGCUCUACUGCCUUGUGUUUAACAGGUUUCCCUUACUAAAGCCUCUCUAUCAACCCCUUUAAAAUGUGUCGGAGAAAACAAGACAUAGAUCUUAGGCCCGAAUCACACGCUUACCUGCAUUGAUGUGAUGAUAUUUAACUUAUCAACUAAAACUAACUUUAACCUCUUCACACUGUUUGUCUGCUGUGAUCGUAGAAGCAGCCGGUUAGUUUACACCAAGAAUGAAUUGAGUACUUGUGUUGCGGUUUAAUUUGACAGAUUUCAAAGCAUAAGAUGGUGUGGAUCUCAGCUUGUUUGCCUUCAUGUGCUCGUGUAGUUUGACUCCUCACAAACACUAUAAUCUAAUCAACUGAGAUGAUGGACGUCGGCUUGAGUUUCUUUAGCUCUGAAUGAAUUUUAUUGAAGUCAGAUGAAUGUUUUUUUUCACACUACGAGAAGAUAACGCUGUAGCUGAUAGACGGCUGAUGUUGUGUGCCAAUCCCUGGUGAACGCAGACCUGUGCAUGUCUACAGUCCAGACUGAAGAUCUCUGAAUGAGUUUCAGUGUUUUUCUGUACAGCCUGUGAAUGCUUGCGUGUUAAAUGAGCGUGUAAUGCAUGCAGACUUCACAUACAGAGAGAUAUCAAACCUGAAAACAGAUAAGAUUUCAUUUCAGUUGUGUAGAUCUGACUGGGACGUCAUCUGUGGCGGAUAUUUUCUCAUCCUGUUAUCUUAUGUUUAUGGUAUAUAACUGUUAUUGUAAACAGUACAAACCUACAGACAAAGUUUUUGUUGUUAUAUCUACUGUGCUUUAGCAGAUUCAUGAAGGGUUUUCUGGACUACAACUGCUUAUGACUUUAAACUAUUUAAGGAAAUCAAAUGAAGGUUUAAAGGGAUAGUUUAACCAAAUAUUACAAUUCUAUCAUCAUUUAUGUCCCAAAAGGGACUACGGAUGAAAAUGAGACAAUAGUGGUUAAAUCUGGUGCAUUUGACAUAUUUAUGUAUUAUUUAUUAAUGUGCAUUAUCGCUGAUUAAAUAAAUAAAAUGACCUUUAUGUUGUUUUAAACCUGUAUGAGUUUCUUUAUUUUCUAAAAGCAUACAGUUGACAGUACCCCAUAUGGCAAAAAUGUGUUUUAAAUAUACAUUUUGUAGACAGUAAUACUCAAUUGAAUAUAUCAACAUAUAUUUCAGGGGCAAACAAAUGCAUUUCUAAUUUACAUCCCAUAUGGCAAAAAUAUUUUAAAUAUAUGCUAAGUAUAUUUUUGAAAUGUAAAAUAUAUUUGAUUUAAACCUUUUUAAAACAUAUAUUUAUAGGUUCGUAACAGAAACAAAGUUUUUAUUUCAACGUGACAUGAAUAUAUUGCCUUUGAUUGAAAUAUAUGGAGGAUUAAAUAUAUUUUUUAAUGCUUUAAAAUGUAUUUAUUUUUUAAAUAUAUUUCAAAAAAUGACCAAAAUAUAUCAGUGAAAAAUAUAUUUUUGUAAAAAUACCCCAAAAUAUAUUUUAGCAAAUAUAUUUUUGGCCAUUUUUUGUAUAUUUUGAAAUAUAUUUUAGCAGAUAUAUUAUUUGCUGUAUGGCAUUGAUUUUCAUAGUAGGAAUAACAAAUACUAUGAAAGUCAAUGGGUAAAGUCUACUGUAUGCUUGCCAUCAUUUAUCAAAAUAUCUUGUGUAAAAACAGAAUAAAGAUACUCAUACAGGUUUAAAACGACAUGAGGGUAAUUUUUUUUUCUUUAUUUAAUCAGGGAUAAUGCAUAUUAAUAAUAUAUGAAAAUGUAAAAAUAUACCAGAUUUUGCAGAUACUGGUCUCUCAUCCACUAAGCAUGCUUAAACAAAAAACUUUUGUAACAAAAUUUCUUCUAAAUGUACUGAAUGUGCGCUGCGGAAAGCCCUUAUAUGGAGCUGGUUUGGGCGUGUUUUAUGCAAAUUGCCAACUUUGUGCACGCGGUGCUCAUGUAGAAAACUCCAAAUUCACUAACAU